AUCAACUUCUCCAUGCUUUGCCCCCAACGGGUAGGGGUAGAGGGAGAAACAAAUAAAGAGCACUGUGUUUCUUUCUUCUCCGAGAAACACUCCUCUUUUUCUUCGUGCUCAAUCCCCUCUCAUUCUCUGUUUUUCUUUAUUUAUUCUCUCUCUUUUUCUGUGAUCACAUGCUUAUUUAUCCAAUCUCGCAGAUACCCAUUUUUUUUUUAAUAAUACAGAUCCCAAGGUUUCUCAUUUUCUUCUCUUAGCUUGAAUUCUUCAUUGGGUCAUUCAAAUUAGUUGUAUUGUCCACAAAGAAAGAGUGUAUAGUUCAAUCUGUCCGUCAUUUCUCGUUCUUCUUUUGCGCAUUGAAUCCAAGCAAAUUCUCUAUGUCUCGUAUUUUCUCGAGAUGGUGGAAGCUGAAGGAAAUGGCGAUUCUUCCUUUUGGAGACACAGGGUUGGCUGUUUCAGUACGGACUGGGAAUAACUGGAAGAGGUGCAAUUUCAGGUUCAAUCAGGUGUGUCCAAUCUCGACCCACUUGAAUUGCCUCCCAAUUGCCGUUCGUAGACGUCGGGAAUCGCAUAUCGGAGUUCAGGAGAGGUAUAAGUGGGACCAAAGUGGCUCCGAUGACACUCACAAUCCGACUUCACAGACCCGCAAGAUUCGGGCCGAUACUAACUGCCCACGCUGCGCCAAGCACAUGGCCAUCCUGUUCUCUAAUCACCAUUUCCCCGUUUCUUCUGGUUCCGAUUCCGAUUCUAACCCUCGGGCUUCUCUUCAAGGAGAAGGGGGUUAUCAGGCUGUAAACAUUUGUCCUAGCUGUGGAACUGCCUAUUAUUUUCGACCUUAUAGCAUUGCUCCUCUUCAGGGUUCCUUUAUAGAGAUAGGGAAGGUGACUAACAGUAAUGUUAAUAAUACCACUAAUAGAACGUCAAAGAGAACUCAUAGCAAAGAUAAUAUUCAUGAUGGAGGCUCUGGAGUUGAAGAUUAUGAUCAUAAAAGUAAUAGCAGUGAUAAGCUUAGAGUGACAUUCUGGGACACUUCAAGAUCGCAUAAUGGUGAAAAUGGGGGGGAACCACCAGAAAGCUGGCCUCCCCCGCUACCAGGUUUAUCUAAUGGGAAUGGGUUGACGGCGCAUACUCCACCAGCCCCGCCGUUUGCAUCAGGGCUGAAUGCCAUUCGAACUUCAGGGGCACGGCUAGGUGGCAGAAGCGGGGCUAAUAAAUUGAAGACUGUUUGGGGGGGCUCCAAUUUGGGCAAGGAGUUGCCCACCCCGAAGGAGAUCUGCGAAGGUCUUGACAAGUUUGUUAUUGGCCAGGACAGAGCUAAAAAGGUGCUUUCUGUAGCUGUUUAUAACCACUAUAAAAGAAUAUACCAUGCCUCUCAGCCGACAGGGUCAGGGGCAGAGUCAGGAACUUCAGAAGCAUUGGAUGUUGAUCAAAAUGUGGAGCUAGAAAAGAGUAACGUUCUAUUGAUGGGUCCAACUGGAUCAGGGAAGACCUUGCUUGCAAAGACACUAGCUCGUUUCGUGAAUGUUCCAUUUGUCAUUGCUGAUGCAACAACCUUAACACAGGCCGGUUAUGUUGGAGAAGAUGUUGAAUCAAUCCUGCAUAAACUACUUGCGGCAGCAGAGUUCAAUGUUCAAGCAGCUCAACAAGGGAUAGUUUACAUUGACGAAGUUGACAAGAUAACUAAGAAGGCUGAGAGCUUAAAUAUCAGCCGGGAUGUUUCAGGCGAGGGUGUUCAACAGGCUUUGUUAAAAAUGCUGGAAGGAACUAUAGUAAGUGUUCCAGAGAAAGGAGCAAGGAAGCAUCCAAGGGGUGACAACAUACAGAUUGACACAAAGGAUAUUCUUUUCAUAUGUGGUGGAGCAUUCAUAGAUCUUGAUAAAACCAUUUCAGAGAGACGAGAGGAUUCUUCUAUUGGCUUCGGAGCACCAGUUCGUGCCAAUAUGAGAACCGGUGGAGUAACAGAUGCUUCCGUAACAUCAUCUUUACUUGAGUCGGUAGAAAGUUCUGAUCUAAUUGCAUACGGUCUCAUACCAGAGUUUAUUGGACGAUUUCCAAUCUUAGUGAGCUUGUCAGCUUUAACUGAAGACCAACUUGUGCAGGUUCUCACAGAACCAAAAAAUGCUCUUGGUAAGCAGUACAAGAAAUUAUUUGGCAUGAAUAAUGUAAAGCUACACUUUGUUGAGAAAGCGCUGAGACUUAUUGCCAAGAAAGCAGUGGCCAAAAACACUGGCGCCAGGGGUUUAAGAGCCCUACUGGAAAGCAUCCUUAAUGAAGCCAUGUUUGAAGUUCCAGAUGUUAUGACAGGAGAUAACCGGGUUGAAGCUGUUGUUGUUGAUGAGGAAUCUGUAGGACCAAUUAAUGCUCCUGGAUGUGGUGGCAAAAUUCUUCGUGGAGAUGGUGCUUUGGAACGAUACUUAGUUAAGCUGAGAGAUUCAGUGGUUAAAGGCCAGAUAGGUGAAUCAGAGUUACAGGAAGGGGGAUCAGAGCUUUCAUCUAGAGCCAUCAGCAUAUAAUAUUUCGUAUUGUUAAGGUGUAUAAUUUAUCCUUGUAAUUUUUAUUUGUAAAAUUCUCAUUCAAAAGGUGUUUUGAUCAUUUCUUGUAUUUUACAUGGCUUCUUUUUGAAGUCCAUUGGACCAAACACGUUUAGACGCUCAGAAUAAUAAAAGAAAAGGGGAAGGGUAUAUAUAGCAUUGCUAAUUUAGGGGCACAUCAUGGAAAUUUUUCAUGUGGUUUUUCUAUUGAUGCUGAGACACGAGAAAAUCCAAUAAUAUACAAUUUUUUCAA